CUAAUUUGAACACUGAACCAUCACUUGUUUAAGGUUGAGAAGGGGAUUAAGGACAUCGUAUUUGACCUCUGGUCACCUUAAUUAUGUUUAAAUAAUCUUUAGUCCCUUAUCACAAUUAUUCCAUUGGUCCCUCACUUUGAUUAUAAAAAAUAAUAUAAUAAAUUAUUAAAAUAAUAAAUUCCAUAAGCCAAGGCUAUGUGCAAUAUAGUCCACAAAGAGCAGCCAAAGAAAGAAUGAGAGAAUCUGAUUAUUGUUAAAAACUUAAAACUAUUAUUAAUAUUAUCAUCUAAUCUAAUUAAUUAAUAAUCAAGAAAAUAUAAUCCCACUCUCUAAUUAAGCCUGAGCCAGAUAUCCAAUAUCCCAACUUUCAGACACUGCUGAUUUAUUCUUGAUUUCAAGCAUCACUACACUCUGUAGUGCGUGUCUGUGUGUGAGAGAGAGAGGAGAGAGAAGAUAGAGAGAGAGAGAGAGAGAGAGAGAGAAUUCUCCUCUCUCUAUAUAUGUUGUAUGUAUAUGUAUAUUAUGAGCUCUGAUUUUCGCUCUCACGCGGACUGGCAGAGAUCAUUCACAAUCACAAUCACAUCAGCAUAGAGAGAGAUAGAGAGAGAGAGAGAGAGAGAGAGAGAGAACAGGUCAAACUUUUUUCUUCCAUCUUUGAUCUCUAUCUACCUUAAUUCUUGAUCCUCUACUAUAAUCGAAAAUCAAGAAAGCCACCUUUUUUUUUUUUUUUCUUGAUUUUCCCAACUCCAGAUUGUACACCAUCAAUUUACAACAAAAACCCACCUCGAAAUUUAAAGCAAAGAUCAAAGCUUGGUGGCAAAGAUUCAAUUUUUAUUUUUUAUUAAAUAAAAAAAAAUGCAAGACCCAUCACUGUAUUCGCAGAUCAAUGCACAAGCGCAUCAGCCGCAGCCGCAAUUCCCGGAGCAAGAGCAUUUGAAAUGCCCGCGUUGCGAUUCCGCCAACACAAAGUUCUGCUACUACAACAACUACAACCUCUCUCAGCCGCGCCACUUCUGCAAGAGCUGCAAAAGGUACUGGACUAAAGGCGGCGCGUUGAGGAACAUCCCCGUCGGCGGCGGUUCCAGGAAGAACGCCAAGCGCAGCAGCAGCUCCUCCGCCACCCCCUCCUCCUCCGCCGCCGCCAACAAACGCCCCGCAACUUCCGCGCCGGAGACAUCAUCUAAUGAUCAGAACAAGGAUCACGGCGAGAGCAAUACCGAAGCGGUAUUGCCUCCGAAGGGGGAGAAUUUCGUGGGGCAGUUUGGUAAUUUCCUGGAGGCGAGUGGGAGUUUCAGCUCGCUGCUGGGCUCGAGCGGGGGGCAGUUUGGUAAUUUUCUUGAAGGGCUUGGACCCAACGGGUCGGGCUUGCAGAUGAACGAUCACUUUGGCGAUCAGGGUUCGGGUCAGAAUAUGGAUCCGCAUGUUUUGGAUAGUGGCGGCGGUGACCAUAAUGCUGAUGAUGGAUUCUUGAACAUUCACGGCGGAGACGGCGGCGGCGACGGCGGUGGUGGUGAAACUGGCUGGAGUGGCGGAAGCAACGGGUGGCCUGAUCUUGCUAUUUACACACCCGGGUCAACUUUUCUCUAGUACUAAAAGGUAAUCAAAUUUCAGCUAGAAGAAAGGGAUCUGUUUUCUUGUUUUUGUCUAUUUUUUUUUU